UGUGUCCCCUCCCCUCUCCUCCAAACAGAGGUUUCCCAAACUUUUCUCCUUUUCUCUCCAGUUCAGUAUUCCACACUGGGACGCGCCGUAUCCUGUCUUCUCCACGCGCGGGGCUUCUCGACGCAAAGGCGCACCGACCGCUCUAAGCCUCUGCUGUGGAGUACACACCUGGACCUGGUCUAGAUCUGGUUUAAGUCUGCUCACUCCGCAACCGCACAUUGCACAGCAGGUGAGCCGAAGCGGCGGGCGAUUGGGUCGGAGGGAUUGUCCGGCACACCAAUGGGAUCAGGGCAGCUGGUUCAAGUGCUGCUAGGAUGGACGGUGGCAUGUCUGUGGUCGGCUCACCUCGCUGUUGGGGAAACUGGAAAUGGACCUUACCAAGCUAGCCGCUUCACUGGGAGUGUGGAUCAAAAGGAAGUACAGCGGGUUCGGCGCCGUGGCCAGGAGACUCUGAGAGGACCUAAUGUGUGUGGCUCACGCUUCAACUCAUACUGCUGCCCGGGCUGGAAGACCCUGGCGGGAGGGAACCAGUGUAUUGUUCCAAUAUGCAGGAAUUCAUGUGGAGAUGGGUUCUGCUCCAGACCCAACAUGUGCACGUGCUCCAACGGUCAGCUCUCCCCCAACUGUGGAGGAGGAGGAGGAAUUCAGUCCUGUAAUGUCAGGUGCAUGAACGGAGGCAGCUGCAUGGAGGACUCCUGCUUGUGUCCGAAGGGAUAUUCUGGCGGCCAUUGCGGACAACCUGUGUGUGAGAAUGGCUGCCAGAACGGUGGGCGCUGCAUCGGACCCAACAGAUGUGCCUGCGUCUACGGUUUCACUGGCCCUCAGUGUGAGAGAGACUACAGAACUGGACCGUGCUUCACCCAGGUGAACAACCAGAUGUGCCAGGGCCAGCUCAGUGGAAUUGUCUGCACUAAAACACUAUGCUGCGCCACUAUUGGCCGGGCCUGGGGCCACCCCUGCGAGCAGUGUCCUGCCCAGCCGCACCCCUGCAGACGAGGCUUCAUCCCGAACAUCCGCACCGGAGCCUGCCAAGAUGUGGAUGAGUGCCAGGCAGUGCCUGGAUUGUGUUCUGGAGGCAACUGUAUCAACACUGUGGGAUCCUAUGAAUGUAAAUGCCCCGCUGGUCACCGUCAGAGCGAAACCAGCCACAAAUGUGAAGAUAUUGAUGAAUGUAGCACCAUUCCUGGAGUGUGUGAUGGAGGAGAGUGCAGCAACACUGCUGGCAGCUACGUCUGCACUUGUCCACGAGGCUACAUCUCCAGCACGGACGGCUCCAGAUGUGUUGAUCAGCGCGUGGGUACCUGCUUCUCAGCGCUGGCCAACGGUCGCUGUGCCGCAGAGCUGAAUGGUCAAUACACCAAAAUGCAGUGCUGCUGCGAAACAGGGCGCUGCUGGGCUUUGGGGCAGAUUCCAGAAAUGUGUCCCGUCCGGGGCUCUGACGAGUACAGGCGACUUUGCAUUGUGGGUGUUCCCCAAAUACACGGUAUCCCUCACAGCUUCCCCAAUGGAUAUUUCCCAAGCAACAAUGGUAACCAUGGAUUCAAGUUCCCCAGUAUAUCAAAUGGGAAUGGUAACGGCAAUGGUCAUAGUCACAGCAAUGGAGGGAACGGAGGAGGAGACGGGAACUUUGGUGGCAAUGGUGGAAACUAUGGUGGCAAUGGAGGCUCAACUUACCAACACAUAGGCGCCGUCUCCCUGAAUGAAACCAUUGAUGUGUGCAAACAUUUAACAAACCUGUGUCUGAAUGGACGCUGUAUCCCAACUGCUUCGAGCUACCGCUGCGAGUGCAACAUGGGCUACAAGCAGGACAUUCGAAGGGAGUGUAUCGAUGUGGAUGAAUGUCUGAAUAAUCCAUGUGUCAAUGGAGACUGUGUCAACACACCUGGAUCAUACUACUGCAGAUGCCAUAAGGGAUACCAGGGAACACCAACCAAGCAAGCGUGUAUUGAUAUUGAUGAGUGUAUCGUGAACGGGGUGAUGUGUCGCAAUGGCCGCUGCGUCAACACAGAGGGCAGCUUCCAGUGUAUCUGCAAUGCUGGCUUUGAGCUCACCUCCGAUGGAAAGAACUGCAUCGAUCACGAUGAGUGCGCCACCACCAACAUGUGUCUCAAUGGCAUGUGCAUCAAUGAGGACGGCAGCUUUAAAUGCAUCUGCAAGCCAGGCUUUACAUUAGCACCAAACGGACGCUACUGCACUGACAUCGAUGAGUGCCAGACUCCUGGGAUCUGUAUGAAUGGCCGCUGCAUCAACUCUGAAGGCUCCUUCAGGUGUGAGUGCCCCCCAGGACUGGCUGUGGAUGUGGAUGGAAGAGUGUGUGUGGACACACAUAUGAGGACUACUUGCUACGGCGCCAUAAAGAUGGGCACAUGCUCUCGACCCCUCCCGGGCGCAGUGACUAAGUCGGAGUGCUGCUGUUUCAGUCCAGACCAUGGCUUUGGACAGCCCUGCCAGCCCUGCCCGUCCCGUAACUCAGCUGAGUUCCAGGCUGUGUGCAGCAGUGGUAUUGGCAUCACUACUGAUGGUAGAGACAUUAAUGAGUGCGCCUUGGAUCCAGACAUUUGCCAAAAUGGUAUUUGUGAGAAUCUACUAGGAAGCUAUCGCUGCAUCUGUAACAUCGGCUACGAGUCCGACACCAGCGGAAAGAACUGCUUUGACAUCAAUGAGUGUUUGGUGAACCGAUUGCUCUGCGACAAUGGUCUGUGCAGAAACACUCCAGGCUCCUACACGUGCACCUGUCCUAAAGGAUAUGUCUUCAGACCCGACUCGGAGACCUGUGAAGAUAUUAAUGAGUGUGAGUCAAAUCCAUGCGUCAACGGAGCCUGCCGCAACGUGGCCGGAUCCUUCCACUGCGAGUGCGCCCACGGCAGCAAGCUGGACUCCACUAACACCAUCUGUGUGGACAGCAUGAAGAGUACUUGCUGGCUCACUAUACAGGAUAACCGCUGUGAGGUCAACAUCAACGGUGCCACGCUGAAGUCUGAGUGCUGCUCCACAUUGGGAGCAGCCUGGGGAAGCCCCUGUGAUCGCUGUGAAAUCGACACCGCAUGUUCUCGAGGGUUUGCUCGCAUGAAGGGCCUGGUCUGUGAAGACAUUGAUGAGUGUGAAGUUUUCCCUGGAGUUUGUACAAACGGACGAUGUGUGAACACCCAGGGCUCCUUCCUCUGCGAGUGUGCUGAGGGUCUGACCCUGGACAGCACCGGUCGCACGUGUGUUGACAUGCGCAGUGAACUGUGCUACAAGAAAUGGCAUGAAGAUGAGUGCGGUGAGCCUCUGCCUGGAAAGUAUCGCCUGGACAUGUGUUGCUGCACUGUGGGAGCUGCCUGGGGGGUCGACUGUGAGGAAUGUCCUAAAGAAGACACGCCAGAAUUUAAAGCUAUUUGUCCUAGAGGGCCUGGCUUUGCCAACAGAGGAGACAUCCUAACAGGAAGACCCUUCUACAAAGAUGUAAACGAGUGUAAGGUGUUUCGCGGUCUGUGCACUCAUGGAAAUUGCAGAAACACCAUCGGCAGUUUCAAAUGUCGCUGCAACAGCGGCUUCACCCUGACUGCUGAAGAGAGGAACUGCACAGACAUUGACGAAUGCCGCAUUUCCCCUGACCUGUGUGGUCAUGGCACAUGCGUCAACACACCUGGAAGCUUUGAGUGCGAGUGCUUUGAGGGAUAUCAGAGUGGCUUCAUGAUGAUGAAGAACUGCAUGGAUAUUGACGAGUGUGAGACAAACCCUGCGCUGUGUCUUGGAGGAACCUGCCUAAACACUGAUGGAAGUUAUGAGUGUGAAUGUCCUUCUGGUUACCUGCUCAGCAGUGAAGCUUCUGUUUGUGAAGAUAUGAACGAGUGUCAGCUGAGUGACAGCUUGUGCAAAAAUGGACAGUGUGUCAACAUGCCAGGGACUUACCAAUGUUCUUGUGACACCGGUUACCAGGCAACCCCAGACCGACAGGGCUGUGUGGAUAUUGAUGAGUGCACCAUCAUGAACGGAGGCUGUGAGACCCACUGUACUAACUCGGAGGGCAGCUAUGAGUGCAGCUGCACAGAAGGAUACGCUCUGAUGCCGGACCUCAGGACGUGUUCAGAUAUUGAUGAGUGUGAGGAGACCCCAGACAUCUGUGAUGGAGGCCAGUGCUCCAACAUCCCCGGUGAAUAUCGCUGUCUGUGUUUCGAUGGAUUCAUGGCCUCCAUGGACAUGAGGACCUGCAUCGAUGUAAAUGAAUGUGAUUUGAACCCAAACAUCUGUCUCCAUGGUGACUGUGAGAACACCAAAGGCUCCUUCAUCUGCCACUGUCAGCUGGGAUACUUUGUCAAAAAGGGAUCCACGGGUUGCACAGACAUCGAUGAGUGUGAGAUCGGAGCUCAUAACUGCGACAUGCAUGCCGCCUGCGUCAAUUUACCUGGAAGCUUCAAAUGCCGCUGCCAGGCAGGCUGGAUUGGGGACGGCAUCAAGUGUGUGGACAGAGACGAAUGCACUUUGGAAGACAACAGUUGCCACCACAAUGCAGACUGUGCCAACACUCCGGGGUCGUACAGGUGCAUGUGCAAAGAAGGUUUCAACGGAGAUGGUUUUACGUGCUCCGACAUGGAUGAGUGUGCAGACAAUGUGAACCUCUGUGAGAACGGCCAGUGUCUAAACGCUCCGGGAGGCUACCGCUGCGAGUGUGAGAUGGGCUUCACUCCCACUGAGGACAGCAAAGCCUGUCAAGACAUUGAUGAGUGUAAUUUCCAGAACAUCUGUGUUUUUGGGACUUGCCAAAACCUUCCGGGGAUGUUCCGCUGUGUGUGCGAUGAUGGUUACGAACUGGACCGCAGUGGAGGAAACUGCACUGAUAUCAACGAGUGUGCCGACCCUGUGAACUGCAUCAAUGGAAUCUGUGUCAACACCCCAGGGAGCUAUUUGUGCAACUGUCCAGGAGACUUUGAGCUCAACCCCACUGGUGUAGGCUGCGUGGACAACCGUGUUGGAAACUGCUUCCUGGACAUUCUCCCCCGUGGCGAUGGAGGAAUCUAUUGCACUGCAGAGGUUGGCGUUGGUGUGACCCGUGCUUCCUGUUGUUGCGCCAAGGCACUAGCUUGGGGAGAGCCAUGCGAAAUCUGCCCGUCUCCCAACUCCACCGAAUACAAGACUCUCUGCCCAGGAGGGGAGGGAUUUAGACCUAACCCUAUCACUGUCAUCCUUGAAGAUAUUGAUGAGUGCCAGGAGCUGCCAGGUCUGUGCCAAGGUGGAAAAUGCAUCAACACCUUUGGUAGUUUCCAGUGUGAGUGUCCAGCGGGCUACUAUCUAAAUGAAGACACUCGCAUCUGUGAAGAUAUCGAUGAAUGUGUGACGCACAUCGGUAUUUGUGGACCCGGCACUUGCUACAACACUUUCGGCAACUACACUUGUGUUUGCCCCCCUGAAUACAUGCAAGUCAAUGGAGGAAACAACUGCAUGGACAUGAGGAAGAGUGUCUGCUACCGCAACUUUAACGAUACCUGUGAAAACGAGUUGUCCUUCAACAUGACCAAGAAGAUGUGCUGCUGUGCCUAUAAUGUGGGGAAAGCUUGGAACAAGCCCUGUGAGGCCUGUCCCACUCCUGCCACUAUUGAGUACCAGCUGCUGUGUGGUAACCAGGCUCCUGGCUUCAUCAUUGACAUCCACACUGGCAAGCCAAUUGAUAUCGAUGAAUGCAGGGAGAUCCCAGGCAUCUGUGCAAAUGGAGUGUGCAUCAACCAAAUUGGCAGUUUCCGCUGUGAAUGUCCAAUGGGUUUCAGCUACAACAACAUUUUACUGAUUUGUGAAGAUAUUGAUGAAUGCAACAGUGGAGACAACUUGUGCCAACGCAACGCCAACUGCAUCAACAUCCCUGGCAGCUACCGCUGCGAGUGCUCUCCAGGCUUCAAACUGUCUCCAGGCGGGGCCUGCCUGGAUCGUAACGAGUGCCAGGAGAUUCCUAAUGUGUGCAGUCAUGGAGAGUGCAUCGACACACAGGGGAGUUACCGCUGUCUGUGCCACAAUGGCUUCAAGGCCACUGCCGACCAGACAAUGUGCAUGGACAUUGACGAGUGUGAGAGGCAGCCGUGUGGAAAUGGCACCUGUAAAAAUACCGUGGGAUCCUACAACUGUCUCUGCUUCCCCGGAUUUGAGCUCACUCACAACAAUGACUGCAUGGACAUCGAUGAGUGCAGUGCCCUUCAGGGCCAGGUGUGCAGGAACGGACGGUGCAUCAACGAGCUCGGUUCCUUCCAGUGUCUCUGCAGUGAAGGCUAUGAAAACACAGCUGAUGGGAAGAACUGUGUCGAUAUCAACGAGUGCCUGAACUUUCCUGGAACAUGUUCUCCUGGAACCUGCCAGAACCUUGAUGGGACUUUCAGAUGCAUCUGCCCACCAGGCUAUGAGGUGCAGAAUGAGCAGUGUAUAGAUAUCAAUGAAUGUGAUGUGGAGCCCAACAUCUGCCAGUUUGGCACCUGCACCAACACACCUGGCAGCUUCCAGUGCUCCUGCCAGCCGGGUUUCGUACUCUCCGAUAACAAACGGCGCUGCUACGACACCAGAGAGAGCUUCUGUUUUACCAAAUUUGAAGGAGGAAAAUGCACCGUGCCCAAAGCGUUCAACACCACCAAGGCCAAAUGCUGCUGCAGCAAGAUGCCUGGAGAGGGCUGGGGAUUCCCCUGCGAACUGUGUCCAAAUCAGAAUGAUGCUGCGUUUAACACCCUGUGUCCGUACGGGCACGGAGCUUUACCCGGAUUAGAUGACACUCGUGAGGAUAUGAACGAGUGUCUGGAAAACCCUGGAAUCUGCCAGAAUGGAAUCUGCAUCAACACAGACGGUUCCUUUCGAUGUGAAUGCCCCUUUGGAUACAACCUGGAUUUCACUGGAGUCAAUUGCGUUGACACUGAUGAGUGCUCCAUAGGAAACCCAUGUGGAAAUGGAACCUGCACCAAUGUGGUGGGGGGUUUUGAGUGCUCCUGCCAAGAGGGCUUUGAACCAGGACCCAUGAUGACUUGUGAAGACAUCAAUGAGUGCUCCCAGAAUCCUCUGCUUUGUGCCUUCCGUUGUGUAAACACCUUUGGGUCCUAUGAGUGCAUGUGUCCUGCUGGAUAUGUGCUGCGAGACGACCAGCGCAUGUGCAGAGACCAAGAUGAGUGCUCAGAGGGAAUGGAUGACUGCGAAUCCAAAGGCAUGACCUGUAAGAACCUGAUCGGUACUUUCAUGUGUAUCUGCCCACCUGGUAUGCAGCGACGACCGGACGGUGAAGGAUGUAUGGACCUAAACGAAUGUCGUGCCAAACCAGGAAUUUGCAAGAAUGGGCGCUGUAUCAACACAGUGGGCAGCUACCGCUGUGAGUGCAAUGAUGGCUUCGAGCCAAGUUUAACUGGAACUGAAUGCAUUGACAACAGAAAGGGCUUCUGCUACACAGAGGUUCUGCGGACCAUGUGCCAGCAGUCAUCAACCAACAGAAACAGCGUGACUAAGUCCGAGUGCUGCUGCAAUAUGGGUCGAGGCUGGGGGCCACAGUGUGAACUUUGCCCUCUACCUGGCACCGUACAAUACAAGAAGAUGUGCCCCCUUGGACCAGGCUUUACCACCGAUGGUCGAGACAUCAACGAAUGCCAGGUGAUGCCGGAUCUGUGUCAGAACGGCCAGUGCAUCAACACCAUUGGAUCUUUCCGCUGCCAUUGUAACAUCGGAUACAAAGCCGACUUCACUGCAACGUCCUGUGUUGACAUGGAUGAGUGCUCUCUGUCUCCAAAGCCCUGUAACUUCCUGUGUAAAAACACAGAAGGCAGCUACCUUUGCUCCUGCCCUAGAGGAUACACUCUGCAGCCAGAUGGGAAGACAUGCAAAGAUCUGGAUGAGUGCUCGACAAAGCAACACAACUGCCAGUUCCUGUGUGUGAACACCAUCGGAGGCUUCACUUGCAAGUGUCCUCCAGGCUUUAGUCAGCACCAGACUGCCUGCAUCGACAACAAUGAGUGCUCAGCUCCCAACAGUGUGUGUGGAUCCCGGGCUUCUUGUGUCAACACUCCUGGGAGUUUUAACUGUGAAUGCUCUAAAGGCUUCUCAUUGGACAACACAGGAAUGGAGUGCGAAGAUGUGGAUGAGUGCAGCAGUAACCAUCGGUGCCAGCACGGCUGUCAAAACAUGAUGGGAGGUUACCGCUGUGGCUGUCCUCAGGGUUAUGUCCAGCACUACCAGUGGAACCAGUGUGUGGAUGAAAAUGAGUGUCAGUCCGGGACGAUUUGUGGCUCCGCCUCCUGCUAUAACACUCUGGGCAGCUUCAAAUGCACGUGUCCUUCCGGCUUUGAGUUUGAGCAGAACGCCGGCGGCUGCCAAGAUGUGAAUGAAUGCUCAAUGGGCGCAAACCCCUGCAUCUACGGUUGCUCUAACACAGAUGGAGGCUACCAGUGCGGCUGUCCUGGAGGUUUCUAUAGAGCGGGACAAGGCCACUGUAUAACCGGCUCGGGUUUCCCUGGCCAGCUCCUGGAUGAUGAGGAGGACGGUCUGUCUCCUGAGGCCUGCUACGAGUGUAAAAUCAACGGAGGCGGAAAGAAUGGAAAACACAAGCGUAGUACAGAUGAAAAUGAUCUCAAUAAGGAGCCGUCAGUCAGCAUGGCAAGUGUGGACACGCUUGCUUUCCUACCGAUGAACCUUUCUCUGGCCUCCCUACUCAACAAAGAGCCUCUUCUAGAGCUCCUGCCUGCCCUUCAGCCCCUGGAGCACCACGUCCGGUACGUCAUCACCCACGGCAACGCCAACGAACACUUCCGCCUGCUGGAACGCAGAGACGGGAAGAGUUUGCUCAGGCUUGGCAAGAGGCCGCCCCCUCCAGGAUCUUACCGGCUAGAGAUUACCAGCAUGCCAGUGUUUGGGCCACGCAAACUACAUCAGCUGGAGGAUCAGCACGACAGUGACUAUCUACAAGGGGAGAUAGGAGAUACUCUGCGGAUCAAGCUCCACGUCCACCUGCACUGAGCUCAGAGUCCAGCUCCGGACUGAGAUUUAACCGUUUUAACCGCUGAUCAAGUAGUUCCUCCGCCCACAAGACCAUCAGACCCAUGGGGGGGGGGAUAUCAAGGGCUAUGAAAGACUGAGUCAAUCAGCCCAACUCUGCCACCACUUUUGUUACUGUUCACAUUAUAUUUGUUCGUAUUUUGUUUUGAUUUAAUCCCAGCUUCAGUCAUUCUCCACGAGAGCCAGAGAUAACAGAGAGGUUCUUUUGUGCUCGGACCUCCUCAUACAGGAGGCGACCUGCUAGUGCCUGUAGCCCUUUAGUGGGUGGAAUCACUUCAAUCGGGGCUGUUUCAAUCAAAUCUAACAUGUGGCAAUGUUUUAACUCAGUGUUGUCACAAAGAAGAUAACUGACAGCAGAAAAGAAAAGGUCCAAGGACUUUUUAUCCUCUCUGGGAUCUUGUGAAACACACUGGGGGGGAAAAGGUUUGCUACAUUUGCCCCUCUCUCCAUUGAAGAGCGUCAUUUUAAUGUAUUUGUACUGUUUAAAGAUGCUAACACGAAGGACUGCAACGUUUUCCGCUCAUCAGGUUCAUAACAUCCAGUUCUUCACAGCUGGAUGCCAACAAAACCUCAGAUGAGAAGACAGCUGAGAAGCUGUGUUCUGCUCUGAUGUGCUGCUGCCGAUGCGCAGAGUAAAGCAGGGAUUCACAUGUUUGUGUGUUGUGUCACGUUUGGUUACCUCAGUACCUCUCACCAACUAUGUGCACCAUGCUGUGAUGCUAACUUUAAGACAAAAGAGGGUGCUAGUGUCCCUUGGCAUCCAUCAUGUGCAGGGAAUAGACCAGUUUGAAGCGAGUAGACUUUAAAGAAGGUAGAUCAGGUCGUGUUUGUAAUCCUCCCAGGGGUCAUGUGUGCUCAUUUUUCACUAAGUGGAAAGUGUUUUAUUCCAUGUCAGCUGUCAGAGGCUUUUUACUUCUCCUGGUUUUACUUCAAACUUUUAAAAAUACUUCAGGAGCACAGACUUGCAGGUGAGAUAAAGUUGACUUUUUCUGACUUCUUUAACUUUACUGUAGCUUAACAUCUGAGGGCUUCUGCCAUAGAGCAGUGGUCUGCAAGGUACAUGACAUGUUAACUAAAAGUGGUGCUUUACAGAGACUAAGGGCAUGAACAGGUAAACACAGGAACAAACAAGUCAUACUUCAUUCCUCUUGAACAUUCUCUCAAUGAGAUAAAAAAAAGGUGCUACAAAGAAAACAUCUGCUAAACUGCACAAAGAAAGUGCAGUCUUGAAUCUGGAGUUACUUUACUGUUGGAUGUUUGCUUUUGUCGUCUUAAAAACAAUAUUAUGCUUCUUGAGAAUGAAUUUGUAUAUUUUUAAAUGACAUGUAGAUUUCCCUUUCUCUGGUUUCCAUUUUCGUUAACAAUCACCAUAGGAAGAAGAUGAGUAAGUUUAAAGGUUUCUGGCACUUUUGUUUUGGAAGGAAACCCUCUUCAGAAAGCGAAAGCUGCUUCAUAUUUGUCGAUCACUGACUCUUCACCAUUGAAACCAGCAGAAAUAAAUAUUUUGUUGUAUUUCAACCCCACAACAGGGAGCUUAAAACCCCCUGGAGGAUUAGAUCAAACUUACAAAUCAUCUAGGGAUGGGCAACUCCAGGCCUCGAGGGUCGGUGUCUGCACGAUUUUCAGAUAUCCAAGCCCUACUCAUGACUGAUUAACUGGUUCAGGUAUGUCCAGCCAUUUGGAGCAUGCCAAAGCAGGGUAUUUUGGAAAACAUGUAGCAAUACGGCCUUCGAGGCCUAGAGUUGGCCAACCCUGAUCUAUGGCAUCUAUGGUGCUGCAGGGGACAUCCAAAGGUUCUGCACUGUUCCCCAGCUUACAGUGUUCAUAACAAAUAACAUUUCUAGACAGAGAAACUUCAUAUGCAUUGUAUCUUUCUUGUUUAUUUGUUAUUUUUCUUCUUUUUGCUGCUUUUUUUAAGGGACGUGAGCUCACUGUAUCCUCGCUUCAGUGUCAAACUUGAAUAUUGUCACUAUCAUCCGUCUGUGGCAAUGUGUUGUGUCCUAAGAAAACGAGGGGCAGGUUAUUUUUUUAUUUUUUUUUUAUUUUUAGAAGAUUUAGAUCUGGUGAUGCCAGAGUUUAGGUGAAGCUGAUGACAAUCAUCCAGUCACACCCACCAGCGAAGGAUUGAUCGGGAAAAAUCGACUGAUGGAAACCAAAGAGUCCAGACACCAAAUGUUUGUGUAAGAUCAGGGCGACACAUUUGGUUUUGUAAACUUCUGCCACUGACAUUUGUAGCAAUAAAUUUUUGUGGGUUAAAUUUG